AUGGCGCAUGCGCGGGUCCCGCUGGGGCUGGCGAUCGCGCCCUCUGGUGGCGGUCCGAGCGCGUCGCACCCUUUGUUGUGGCGCUGGGGUCGCCGAGGCGACGACGGGGCUCCUGGGGUCCUUGCAGGUUGUCUGGCAGAGCUGGGGGCCACCGAGGCCCAGCGGACCAGCCUGUACCCACUGGUGGGCCGUUUCUUUGUGCAUACCUUGGAGCCUGCGACCUUCCUGAGCCUCCCAGAGCACGCUGUCCCAUCCACCAUCCCCGUCACCUACCAUGCCCACCUCCAAGGACACCCAGACCUGCCUCGGUGGCUCCGCUACACCCAGCGCAGCCCGCACCACCCUGGCUUUCUCUACGGCGUUGCUACUCCAGAGGAUCUGGGGCGUCAGGUCAUCGAGGUCACAGCCUACAACCGCAACACCUUCGACACCGCCCUGCAGAGGCUAACACUGCUAAUCCGGGACCCAGAAGGCCCCCCACUGCCCUACCAAGCUGAGUUGCUGGUACGCAGUCAUGAUGUGGAGGAGGUGCUGCCUUCGACACCUGCCAGCCACUUCCUGGCUGCCUUGGCAGGUCUCUGGCAGCCUGGGGAGCUCAAACUGAUCAAUGUCACUUCGGCUUUGGAUCGUGGGGGCCGUGUCCCCCUGCCCAUCGGAGGUCAAAAGGAAGGGGUGUACAUCAAGGUGGGCUCUGUCUCUCCCUUCUCCACCUGCCUGAAGAUGGUUGCGUCCCCUGACAGCCAUGCCCGCUGUGCCCGGGGCCAGCCUCCACUUCUCUCCUGCUACGACUCCUUGGCACCUCACUUUCGCAUUGACUGGUGCAAUGUGUCCCUGGUGGACAAGUCGGUGCCAGAGCCUGCAGAUGAGGUGCCCACCCCGGGCGAUGGGAUCCUGGAACAUGACCCGUUCUUCUGCCCGCCCACCGAGGCCACGGCCCGGGAUUUCCUGACCGACGCCUUGGUCACGCUGCUGGUGCCCCUGCUGGUGGCCCUGCUGCUCACACUGCUGCUGGCCUAUGUCAUGUGCUGCCGGCGGGAGGGGCGGCUGAAGAGAGACCUGGCCACCUCUGACAUCCAGAUGGUUCACCACUGCACCAUCCAUGAGAACACGGAGGAGCUGCGGCAGAUGGCGGCCCGCCGCGAGGUGCCCCGGCCGCUCUCCACCCUGCCCAUGUUCAAUGUGCGUACGGGCGAGCGGAUAGCCCCACGCGUGGACAGUGCCCAGGUGCCCCUCAUCCUGGACCAGCACUGAGAACCCAGACAG